ACGUUCCACUUCCAGGAUUUUAGAUUUUAGACUUCAAGGCUAAACCCCAACUCUAGCCUCGCGCCUCUAAUACUGUCUCUCUCUCGUAGACGACGCAGAGAAUGGCGACCUUGCUCCACCAGCUGACGUUCUUUUCUGGGGGGAUUAGACCUAAAAGUGCCAUUCAUCUGAAUCAAAGGUCAAGAUCAAGAUCGCCUCUCAUCUCUAUGUCGUCGUCCGUAUCACUCGUUCAACAUCUCGAGAAAACGGCGUCGCCGCAGGAUCUCAGCAUUCCCGUCAUGGUAAAUGGUUGUACAGGCAAAAUGGGGAAGGCUGUUAUCAAAGCAGCCGAUUCUGCAGGACUGAAUCUUGUUCCUGUAUCAUUUGGCUCUGCAGAGGAGUGUGGAAAAACUGUGCAAGUGAAUGGGAAAGAUUUUCUGGUACAUGGUCCUGCUGACAGAGAAAAUGUCCUUGCAUCUGUAUUUGAUGAACAUCCCAAUUUGAUUGUGAUCGACUAUACAGUGCCUUCCACAGUAAAUGAUAACGCAGAGCUCUAUUGUAGAGUUGGAGUGCCCUUCGUGAUGGGAACCACUGGUGGAGAUAGGGGCAGGCUCUAUAAGACAGUAGAAGACUCUAAGGUUUAUGCAGUAAUUUCCCCACAAAUGGGUAAACAGGUUGUUGCAUUUCUUGCAGCCAUGGAAAUUAUGGCAAAGGAAUUUCCCGGGGCCUUCUCUGGGUACUCCCUACAGGUGAUGGAGUCCCAUCAAGCAAGCAAAGUGGACACAUCUGGAACUGCCAAAGCUGUUGUUUCCUGCUUCCAGAAAUUGGGCGUGUCUUUUGAUAUGGACCAAAUACAAAUGAUACGAGAUCCCAGGCGACAAUUUGAGAUGGUGGGAGUUCCAGAGGAGCAUUUACCUGGUCAUGCAUUUCAUAUGUAUCAUCUGACGUCACCUGAUGAAACAGUUUCCUUUGAGUUUCAGCAUAAUGUUUGUGGUAGGUCAAUAUAUGCUGAGGGUACCAUUGAUGCUGUGUUGUUCCUUGCUAAGAAGGUCCGGUCAAAGGCCGACAAGCGGAUCUACGACAUGAUUGAUGUCUUGCGGGAGGGAAACAUGCGAUGAAGUUGGGUUUGCAUGCAACUUUGUAUCUGUAUUUAGCUUAGCUAAAGAUGAUCUUGGUCGAGUAACAUGGGGAUUGCAAUUUUGGAUUCAUAAUUUUGAGCCGAGUCAGUUUCUUGUUUAUUUUAGUUGAACAACAUGAUUGAUUGUUCGUUGCAAUGAUAAUUUGGAUCGGAGGGAAAUAUGGAUGUUCA